AUGGCCGACAGCGAUUCUUCAGACGAAGAAGAAACAAAGGAGCAAUGUUUCAGGAAAUCGCUGUCCUUUGCCCAAAAGAAAAGCACAUUCGAGAGAACCUGUUGUUAUUUUAUUCCUGAAGGAGUCUUGAGCGGAUUGGUUACAGUGCAAACAAUCAAGGACGUGUUGCACAUCGCGAAUCCAACUCCAGCAGAAGAUGAGUUGAUCGACUUCGUCAAGACACGAGCAUUGAAGGUUUUCGCGAUAGCCCUAUGGGCUAAAGUGGAAAACCCUAAGAGAAUGAUGGCCUAUUUCAAAUCGAAGAAUUUGGAUGACAACGACCUGCCAAUCACCGAUCAUAACAGUAUUUGGUCCAAAAGGUCAUGGUACAACGAUCUCAUUGAGCACCAAUGGAGAUUUUACGCGGCUACUUUCUCAACCGCCAAAUACAAUCUCGACCUUGAAGAGUCCUGUAUACUUCCUUUUAUAUCAAAAGGUGGCGAUGACGGACGAGGCUCAUUUGGUGUGGUUUCGAAAUAUUUAGUCCAUCGAAAUCAUAUGGAACCAGCACUUCAAGAUGACUCGUAUUUCGCUGUAAAAGAGAUCCAGGCUACGGAAGAUGCUCAAGAAGUAGCUGAACAUUGGGAAAAGGAAGUCAAGGCCCUGAGAACGAUGAACAGAUUGGACCAAGAGCAUAUAGUCCGUUUCAUCACAGCGUUUCGGCGUCGUAGACAAUAUGGAGGAGACGAACAUUACCUAAUGUUCGAAUGGGCAGAUGGCGGUAACCUUCGCAAUCUCUGGAAGAAUAUGCCUUCACCCACUUUGACCGCGCCGUUAGUCAAAGACGUCAUAAAACAAGUUCUAGGACUUGCUAAAGCACUCGACGCCGCUCACAACCUGAACGCGACUGGUGCUUCGUACCGACAUGGCGAUCUCAAACCCGAGAAUAUCCUCGUUUUCAACAAAGGUGGAUUGAUCGGCACUCUCAAGAUCGGUGACUGGGGCGAAGCUAGAGAACAUGGCCAAGCCACUGAGAUGCGUCCUAGCAAGACUACAGCAAAAUACGGAACCCGUCGUUAUGAGGCACCAGAGGUCGAAACUGGUGUUACUGCCAAGUGGUUAGGCCAGUCAACAAAGCGACGUUCACGAUUGUAUGAUAUCUGGGCAAUGGGCUGCAUCACGUUGGAACUCACUAUAUGGCUUCUCUACGGAGCCGAGGGUCUCGGCCGUUUCGAUCGUGAGUUGGGCUUCGGUAGCUUCUACCAGACCAGUGUCGUGAACGGGAGAAAGGUGGCCCAGGUACAUGAUGCUGCUGUACGCUGGAUGGACCAAAUGGCAGAAGAUUCCAGGUGUCAGGUAGGCAGUACAGCGAUCGGUGAUCUUUUGGAGCUGGUACGAACAGCUUUGCUAGUUGUGAAGCUUCCACGAAGGCUUGGCACGACCCUUUCUGACAUCCCUGAAAGAUCGCGCACAGAUUCAUUUAUAGAUUCUGGCAUGAACGCAACCAGGGUAACGCCGCAAGAUACUGUCUCUGAAGAAAGUGCCAUCGACUCCACUGUACAGCCUGCAAUAGACAUUCCUUCUUUCAGCUUCACUCCUGCGGAACCCGAACCCGACAAAAUCCCUGUACAGCCAGAACCUGAAUCCCGAGGGCCUGCUCGCUGUCUCGCAACUGAUUUCCGCACUCGUAUUGAGACGAUUAAUGGAGAAGACGAAGAUGAAAGCUAUUGGUACGCGCAACCUCUCGACCAGCACAGGCCGGGAGACCUCAAAGGAUCAUUUUCGCUUUCCGCUCUGUCACCCUUGUUAUCAGAUUGCGACUCAGGAGAAGGUUGCCAAGCACAAGAUCGUGAAGUAUCAAUACAGAAUGGAAAUGAUUAUGGAACUCCAGAGCUCGAUGAAAACGACUGGAAGUACCAAUCCGGCAACGAAUUUGCGUCUGCUAUGUUCGAAUCUCUACAGCACUCGGAUACACUCGAGUCGUCUGAUCGCACUGUAUCAAACCGCCUCUGUGACCAAUGCUUACAAUUCCGCGACGAAGUCUCCAGUCCAGGGUUUGCGAUCUCAUACGAAACACACCCUCUUAGAGCAAGCGCCAGCGAGAGGAAGUGCGACCUGUGCAACCUCCUAUGGCAAGUUGUUAUUCAAAACGGUCGAGUAGAUUCGCAGGCUGUCAAGUUCGAACGGACAGGACCUUUCUUGAGACUGGAGAGCACUGGCCCUCGUAUAUUGUCCAUCGUACGAGAUCCUGAGCAAAUGCUGCCACCAACGAGCGAGUUUCAGACUGGAUUUGUUAGACUUCCAGAGGCUGGGCAAUCUACACAUAUGGAGGUCAUCAAGUACUGGCUCAACGACUGCGAUAGACAACACACAUGUAAGCCGCUUGGACUCGCUGCCGAUGGAGAUAAGGUUAGGUUGCCAACAAGGUUGAUCGACGUCGGACAAUCUGAAGACAACACUGUUCGACUAUGGGCCACGACUCCGAGAGAUUCUGGCGAGUGGAUCGCGUUAUCGCAUCGAUGGGGAUCUCAGCAUCUCUCGACUACGACCAAAACCCUGAAGUCACAUCUCAACAGCAUCGAUCUGAAUAGCCUUCCGUCCACUUUCAAAGACGCCGUGACAGUGACUCGUGCUUUGGGUCGUCGCUACCUAUGGAUUGAUUCUCUUUGUGUCAUCCAAGGUCCGGAUGGCGACUUUAAAACCGAAGCGAAACGAAUGGAAGACGUCUACAGUGGAUUUCUCAAGCAGCGCAAGGGCCGAAAUUAUGUCGGGUUAAGUCCCGAAGGCAAGGGCCAAACACCUUUCUAUGUGUGCCAAACCAUCGACAAUUUCAAGGACCAUGUACUCGAUGGGGAACUGAACCGUCGCGGCUGGGUUUAUCAAGAGCAUGCUUUGGCUCGUCGAACCCUCUUUUUCACCGAACACCAGACAUACUUCGAAUGUAGGGAUGGCGUACGUUGCGAAACCUCUACAAAAUUGAGCAAUAAGCUUGCUGCCUUUCUAGGAGAUCCGGACUUCCCACACAUCCUCUACAACGCGAGUCAAGGCGAGAAGAUUUUGCGAUACCAAGAACUUUACCGCGAAUACUCCCGCCUGGGUCUUUCGGAGCCAUAUGACCGACCAACCGCUAUUGAUGGGCUUCAACAACGCCUCCUCCGCACAAUGCGAGUAAGCGGCGGCUUUGGUGUCUUCGAUGAAGGAGUAACGCGUGGCCUCCUCAGAAGGAGUCUUCUCUGGCGUCGCGGUAUCGACACCCCAAGUUUGAGUCGCAUUCACUUCCCCCCACAGAGCGUUGUGUCUACUGUACCAUCGUGGUCAUGGAUGGCAUACACUGGCGGAAUCGACUAUUUACAGCCUGACUUCGGAUGCUAUGAGUGGGAGGACCUGCAAUCACCGUGGUCACCAAAAACCCCUACCAACGUAUCCAGCACUGACUACAACCUGGCAAAUAUAGCGCUUGAAGCUAUAGCGCGGGAGUACGAUCUCGGUGCUGCGGUACAGGGCGAGGGCGAACUGAUCUUCGAUACGCCGAACGGGUCAGCGAAACCAGAUACAUUGUGCGUUGUGCUUGGCAAGGCGAAAGGCAGCCCCUCACCUGAGACACAGAGACACUACAUACUGAUGAUUGCAGCACAGAGAGGGCGGGCUGGAAGCAGGGUAUACGAGCGGGUGGGAACGGGUUUUUUGCCGGGAAAGUGUAUCUCGCCUAGUGGGUUCAAAGUGAAAAUCCAGUAA